UCUUCUCUGCCCAUCUCUUCAUUUAAAAUUCUUAUGUCCUUCUCUCUUUUUUUUCUAUCUUACCAUAGGUUAAGUACUUCUUUAAAUUUCUCUUUCUCUUCUCUUCUUCUUUGUGUUCUAUAUAAAUAAGAGCAAAAACUACUAUAGUCUUUAGUGUUAAACUCACUACAAAAUGGGACGUUCACCAUGUUGUGACAAAGUUGGUUUAAAGAAAGGUCCAUGGACUCCAGAAGAAGAUCAAAAACUCUUAGCUUAUAUUGAUGAACAUGGUCAUGGAAGUUGGCGUGCUUUGCCCGCUAAAGCUGGGCUUCAAAGAUGUGGUAAGAGCUGCAGAUUAAGAUGGACUAACUAUCUUAGGCCAGAUAUUAAGAGAGGAAAGUUUAGUUUGCAAGAAGAACAAACCAUCAUUCAACUUCAUGCUCUCUUAGGGAACAGGUGGUCAGCUAUAGCAACACAUUUGGCAAAGAGAACAGAUAAUGAGAUAAAGAAUUAUUGGAACACACAUCUUAAGAAAAGGUUAACAAAAAUGGGAAUUGAUCCAGUUACACACAAACCUAAAAAUGAUGCACUUCUUUCAUCAAGUGAUAAUGCUCAUUCCAAAACUGCUUCAAAUCUUAGUCACAUGGCUCAAUGGGAAAGUGCUAGACUUGAAGCUGAAGCUAGACUUGUUAGAGAGUCCAAAAUUCGUUCACAUAAUUCACUUCUUCAUCAUAAUCACUUGAAAGCUUGGAAUAUUAAUCUUGAGUCUCCUACUUCAACUUUAUCUUUCAAUGAGAAUGUUGCACCAAUUAUGAAUAGUGGAGAAAUUGGAGGUGAAAAUAGUAAUACUAUUAACAAUGGUAAUGAGAAAAAUAAUAAUGAUGAUGACAACAAUGUUGUGUCUAUGAUUGAAUUUGUUGGGACUAAUUCAAGUUCAAUUGUGAAAGAAGAAGGUGGUGAUGAUCAAGAUCAAGAUCAAUGGAAAGGUUAUGAAAGUUCAUUGACUUUUACAUCAAAUCUUCAUCAUGAGUUGACUAUGUCAAUGGAUCAAAGUGUUGAUGAUGUCAUUGCUGAAGAAGGGUUUACUAAUCUUUUGCUUAAGACAAAUUCUGAAGACUUGAGUUUGUCAGAGAGUGGAGGUGAAUCUAACAAUGGUGGUGAUGGUGGAAGUGGAAGUGGAAGUGAAUUCUAUGAAGAUAACAAUAACUACUGGAAUAAUAUUCUUAAUUUAGUUAAUUCUUCUCCCUCAGAUUCUCCAAUGUUUUGAUAUUAAGAUGUGUAGACAUUGUGCUUAUAGUUAUAAUCAAUUGAAAGUUUAAGAUAUAUUAAAAGUACUAAUUGAAAAAUAUUUUAACAUUUGUCGAUCUGGAUUCUCUGCAGCCAUGAAGUCA